AUGGCAGGGCGAAGCAGUGCGGCUGCGAGGAGCACCCUCGUUUCACAGCGAUUCCCUCCCCCCUCAUGUGCUCGCCCCCUCAUGUGCUCGCCCCCUCAUGUGCUCGCCCCCUCAUGUGCUCGCCCGCUCAUGUGCUCGCCCCCUCAUGUGCUCGCCCCCUCAUGUGCUCGCCCGCUCAUGUGCUCGCCCCCUCAUGUGCUCGCCCCCUCAUGUGCUCGCCCCCUCAUGUGCUCGCCCCCUCAUGUGCUCGCCCCCUCAUGUGCUCGCCCCCUCAUGUGCUCGCCCGCUCAUGUGCUCGCCCCCUCAUGUGCUCGCUCGCCCCUCAUGUGCUCGCCCCCUCAUGUGCUCGCCCCCUCAUGUGCUCGCCCCCUCAUGUGCUCGCCCCCUCAUGUGCUCGCCCCCUCAUGUGCUCGCCCCCUCAUGUGCUCGCGCCGUCUCGUGAACGCCCCCUCAUGUGCUCGCCCCCUCAUGUGCUCGCCCCCUCAUGUGCUCGCCCCUCAUGUGCUCGCCCCCUCAUGUGCUCGCCCCCUCAUGUGCUCGCCCCCUCAUGUGCUCGCCCCCUCAUGUGCUCGCCCCCUCAUGUGCUCGCCCGCUCAUGUGCUCGCCCCCUCAUGUGCUCGCCCCCUCAUGUGCUCGCCCCCUCAUGUGCUCGCCCCCUCAUGUGCUCGCCCCCUCAUGUGCUCGCCCCCUCAUGUGCUCGCCCCCUCAUGUGCUCGCCCCCUCAUGUGCUCGCCCCCUCAUGUGCUCGCCCCCUCAUGUGCUCGCCCGCUCAUGUGCUCGCCCCCUCAUGUGCUCGCCCCCUCAUGUGCUCGCCCCCUCAUGUGCUCGCCCCCUCAUGUGCUCGCCCCCUCAUGUGCUCGCCCCCUCAUGUGCUCGCCCCCUCAUGUGCUCGCCCCCUCAUGUGCUCGCCCCUUCUCGUGCCCGCUCAUGUGCUCGCCCCCUCAUGUGCUCGCCCGCUCAUGUGCUCGCCCCCUCAUGUGCUCGCCCCCUCAUGUGCUCGCCCGCUCAUGUGCUCGCCCCCUCAUGUGCUCGCCCCCUCAUGUGCUCGCCCCCUCAUGUGCUCGCCCCCUCAUGUGCUCGCCCCCUCAUGUGCUCGCCCCCUCAUGUGCUCGCCCCCUCAUGUGCUCGCCCCCUCAUGUGCUCGCCCCCUCAUGUGCUCGCCCCUCAUGUGCUCGCCCCCUCAUGUGCUCGCCCCCUCAUGUGCUCGCCCCCUCAUGUGCUCGCCCCCUCAUGUGCUCGCCCCCUCAUGUGCUCGCCCCCUCAUGUGCUCGCCCCCUCAUGUGCUCGCCCGCUCAUGUGCUCGCCCCCUCAUGUGCUCGCCCCCUCAUGUGCUCGCCCGCUCAUGUGCUCGCCCCCUCAUGUGCUCGCCCCCUCAUGUGCUCGCCCCCUCAUGUGCUCGCCCCCUCAUGUGCUCGCCCCCUCAUGUGCUCGCCCCCUCAUGUGCUCGCCCCCUCAUGUGCUCGCCCCCUCAUGUGCUCGCCCCCUCAUGUGCUCGCCCCCUCAUGUGCUCGCCCCCUCAUGUGCUCGCCCCCUCAUGUGCUCGCCCCCUCAUGUGCUCGCCCCCUCAUGUGCUCGCCCCCUCAUGUGCUCGCCCCCUCAUGUGCUCGCCCCCUCAUGUGCUCGCCCCCUCAUGUGCUCGCCCCCUCAUGUGCUCGCCCCCUCAUGUGCUCGCCCCCUCAUGUGCUCGCCCCCUCAUGUGCUCGCCCCCUCAUGUGCUCGCCCCCUCAUGUGCUCUGCCCCUCAUGUGCUCGCCCCCUCAUGUGCUCGCCCCCUCAUGUGCUCGCCCCCUCAUGUGCUCAGCCCCCCUCAUGUGCUCGCCCCCUCAUGUGCUCGCCCCCUCAUGUGCUCGCCCCCUCAUGUGCUCGCCCCCUCAUGUGCUCGCCCCCUCAUGUGCUCGCCCCUCAUGUGCUCGCCCCCUCAUGUGCUCGCCCCCUCAUGUGCUCGCCCCCUCAUGUGCUCGACCCCCCCUGCGUUCGCCCCCUCAUGUGCUCGCCCCCUCAUGUGCUCGCCCCCUCAUGUGCUCGCCCCCUCAUGUGCUCGCCCCCUCAUGUGCUCGCCCCUCAUGUGCUCGCCCCCUCAUGUGCUCGCCCCCUCAUGUGCUCGCCCCCUCAUGUGCUCGCCCCCUCAUGUGCUCGCCCCCUCAUGUGCUCGCCCCCUCAUGUGCUCGCCCCCUCAUGUGCUCGCCCCCUCAUGUGCUCGCCCCCUCAUGUGCUCGCCCCCUCAUGUGCUCGCCCCCUCAUGUGCUCGCCCCCUCAUGUGCUCGCCCCCUCAUGUGCUCGCCCCCUCAUGUGCUCGCCCCCUCAUGUGCUCGCCCCCUCAUGUGCUCGCCCCCUCAUGUGCUCGCCCCCUCAUGUGCUCGCCCCCUCAUGUGCUCGCCCCCUCAUGUGCUCGCCCCUCAUGUGCUCGCCCCCUCAUGUGCUCGCCCCCUCAUGUGCUCGCCCCCUCAUGUGCUCGCCCCCUCAUGUGCUCGCCCCCUCAUGUGCUCGCCCCCUCAUGUGCUCGCCCCCUCAUGUGCUCGCCCCCUCAUGUGCUCGCCCCCUCAUGUGCUCGCCCCCUCAUGUGCUCGCCCCCUCAUGUGCUCGCCCGCUCAUGUGCUCGCCCCCUCAUGUGCUCGCCCCCUCAUGUGCUCGCCCCCUCAUGUGCUCGCCCCCUCAUGUGCUCGCCCCCUCAUGUGCUCGCCCCCUCAUGUGCUCGCCCCCUCAUGUGCUCGCCCCCUCAUGUGCUCGCCCCCUCAUGUGCUCGCCCCCUCAUGUGCUCGCCCCCUCAUGUGCUCGCCCCCUCAUGUGCUCGCCCCCUCAUGUGCUCGCCCCCUCAUGUGCUCGCCCCCUCAUGUGCUCGCCCCUCAUGUGCUCGCCCCCUCAUGUGCUCGCCCCCUCAUGUGCUCGCCCCCUCAUGUGCUCGCCCGCUCAUGUGCUCGCCCCCUCAUGUGCUCGCCCCCUCAUGUGCUCGCCCCCUCAUGUGCUCGCCCCCUCAUGUGCUCGCCCCCUCAUGUGCUCGCCCCCUCAUGUGCUCGCCCCCUCAUGUGCUCGCCCCCUCAUGUGCUCGCCCCCUCAUGUGCUCGCCCCUCAUGUGCUCGCCCCCUCAUGUGCUCGCCCCCUCAUGUGCUCGCCCCCUCAUGUGCUCGCCCCCUCAUGUGCUCGCCCCCUCAUGUGCUCGCCCGCUCAUGUGCUCGCCCCCUCAUGUGCUCGCCCCCUCAUGUGCUCGCCCCCUCAUGUGCUCGCCCCCUCAUGUGCUCGCCCCCUCAUGUGCUCGCCCCCUCAUGUGCUCGCCCCCUCAUGUGCUCGCCCCCUCAUGUGCUCGCCCCCUCAUGUGCUCGCCCCCUCAUGUGCUCGCCCCCUCAUGUGCUCGCCCCCUCAUGUGCUCGCCCCCUCAUGUGCUCGCCCCCUCAUGUGCUCGCCCCCUCAUGUGCUCGCCCCCUCAUGUGCUCGCCCCCUCAUGUGCUCGCCCCCUCAUGUGCUCGCCCCCUCAUGUGCUCGCCCCCUCAUGUGCUCGCCCCCUCAUGUGCUCGCCCGCUCAUGUGCUCGCCCCCCUCAUGUGCUCGCCCCCUCAUGUGCUCGCCCCCUCAUGUGCUCGCCCCCUCAUGUGCUCGCCCGCUCAUGUGCUCGCCCCCUCAUGUGCUCGCCCCCUCAUGUGCUCGCCCGCUCAUGUGCUCGCCCCCUCAUGUGCUCGCCCCCUCAUGUGCUCGCCCCCUCAUGUGCUCGCCCCCUCAUGUGCUCGCCCCCUCAUGUGCUCGCCCCCUCAUGUGCUCGCCCCCUCAUGUGCUCGCCCCCUCAUGUGCUCGCCCCCUCAUGUGCUCGCCCCCUCAUGUGCUCGCCCCCUCAUGUGCUCGCCCCCUCAUGUGCUCGCCCCCUCAUGUGCUCGCCCCCUCAUGUGCUCGCCCCUCAUGUGCUCGCCCCCUCAUGUGCUCGCCCCCUCAUGUGCUCGCCCCCUCAUGUGCUCGCCCCCUCAUGUGCUCGCCCCCUCAUGUGCUCGCCCCCUCAUGUGCUCGCCCCCUCAUGUGCUCGCCCCCUCAUGUGCUCGCCCCCUCAUGUGCUCGCCCCCUCAUGUGCUCGCCCCCUCAUGUGCUCGCCCCCUCAUGUGCUCGCCCGCUCAUGUGCUCGCCCCCUCAUGUGCUCGCCCCCUCAUGUGCUCGCCCGCUCAUGUGCUCGCCCCCUCAUGUGCUCGCCCCCUCAUGUGCUCGCCCCCUCAUGUGCUCGCCCCCUCAUGUGCUCGCCCCCUCAUGUGCUCGCCCCCUCAUGUGCUCGCCCCCUCAUGUGCUCGCCCCCUCAUGUGCUCGCCCGCUCAUGUGCUCGCCCCCUCAUGUGCUCGCCCCCUCAUGUGCUCGCCCCUCAUGUGCUCGCCCCCUCAUGUGCUCGCCCCCUCAUGUGCUCGCCCCCUCAUGUGCUCGCCCCCUCAUGUGCUCGCCCCCUCAUGUGCUCGCCCCCUCAUGUGCUCGCCCCUCAUGUGCUCGCCCCCUCAUGUGCUCGCCCCCUCAUGUGCUCGCCCCCUCAUGUGCUCGCCCCCUCAUGUGCUCGCCCCCUCAUGUGCUCGCCCCCUCAUGUGCUCGCCCCCUCAUGUGCUCGCCCCCUCAUGUGCUCGCCCCCUCAUGUGCUCGCCCCCUCAUGUGCUCGCCCCCUCAUGUGCUCGCCCCCUCAUGUGCUCGCCCCCUCAUGUGCUCGCCCCCUCAUGUGCUCGCCCCCUCAUGUGCUCGCCCCCUCAUGUGCUCGCCCCCUCAUGUGCUCGCCCCCUCAUGUGCUCGCCCCCUCAUGUGCUCGCCCCCUCAUGUGCUCGCCCCCUCAUGUGCUCGCCCCCUCAUGUGCUCGCCCCCUCAUGUGCUCGCCCCCUCAUGUGCUCGCCCCCUCAUGUGCUCGCCCCCUCAUGUGCUCGCCCCCUCAUGUGCUCGCCCCCUCAUGUGCUCGCCCCCUCAUGUGCUCGCCCCCUCAUGUGCUCGCCCCCUCAUGUGCUCGCCCCCUCAUGUGCUCGCCCCCUCAUGUGCUCGCCCCCUCAUGUGCUCGCCCCCUCAUGUGCUCGCCCCCUCAUGUGCUCGCCCCCUCAUGUGCUCGCCCCCUCAUGUGCUCGCCCCCUCAUGUGCUCGCCCCCUCAUGUGCUCGCCCCCUCAUGUGCUCGCCCCCUCAUGUGCUCGCCCCCUCAUGUGCUCGCCCCCUCAUGUGCUCGCCCCCUCAUGUGCUCGCCCCCUCAUGUGCUCGCCCCCUCAUGUGCUCGCCCCCUCAUGUGCUCGCCCCCUCAUGUGCUCGCCCCCUCAUGUGCUCGCCCCCUCAUGUGCUCGCCCCCUCAUGUGCUCGCCCCCUCAUGUGCUCGCCCCCUCAUGUGCUCGCCCCCUCAUGUGCUCGCCCCCUCAUGUGCUCGCCCCCUCAUGUGCUCGCCCCCUCAUGUGCUCGCCCCCUCAUGUGCUCGCCCCCUCAUGUGCUCGCCCGCUCAUGUGCUCGCCCCCUCAUGUGCUCGCCCCCUCAUGUGCUCGCCCCCUCAUGUGCUCGCCCCCUCAUGUGCUCGCCCCCUCAUGUGCUCGCCCCCUCAUGUGCUCGCCCCCUCAUGUGCUCGCCCCCUCAUGUGCUCGCCCCCUCAUGUGCUCGCCCCCUCAUGUGCUCGCCCCCUCAUGUGCUCGCCCCCUCAUGUGCUCGCCCCCUCAUGUGCUCGCCCCCUCAUGUGCUCGCCCCCUCAUGUGCUCGCCCGCCUCAUGUGCUCGCCCCCUCAUGUGCUCGCCCCCUCAUGUGCUCGCCCCCUCAUGUGCUCGCCCCCUCAUGUGCUCGCCCCCUCAUGUGCUCGCCCCCUCAUGUGCUCGCCCCCUCAUGUGCUCGCCCCCUCAUGUGCUCGCCCCCUCAUGUGCUCGCCCCCUCAUGUGCUCGCCCCCUCAUGUGCUCGCCCGCUCAUGUGCUCGCCCCCUCAUGUGCUCGCCCCCUCAUGUGCUCGCCCCCUCAUGUGCUCGCCCCCUCAUGUGCUCGCCCCCUCAUGUGCUCGCCCCCUCAUGUGCUCGCCCCCUCAUGUGCUCGCCCCCUCAUGUGCUCGCCCCCUCAUGUGCUCGCCCCCUCAUGUGCUCGCCCCCUCAUGUGCUCGCCCCCUCAUGUGCUCGCCCCCUCAUGUGCUCGCCCCCUCAUGUGCUCGCCCCCUCAUGUGCUCGCCCCGCUCAUGUGCUCGCCCCCUCAUGUGCUCGCCCCCUCAUGUGCUCGCCCCCUCAUGUGCUCGCCCAUUCGUGUGAUGGCGCACUCAUGUGCUCGCCCCCUCAUGUGCUCGCCCCCUCAUGUGCUCGCCCCCUCAUGUGCUCGCCCCCUCAUGUGCUCGCCCCCUCAUGUGCUCGCCCCCUCAUGUGCUCGCCCCCUCAUGUGCUCGCCCCCUCAUGUGCUCGCCCCCUCAUGUGCUCGCCCCCUCAUGUGCUCGCCCCCUCAUGUGCUCGCCCCCUCAUGUGCUCGCCCCCUCAUGUGCUCGCCCCCUCAUGUGCUCGCCCCCUCAUGUGCUCGCCCCCUCAUGUGCUCGCCCCCUCAUGUGCUCGCCCCCUCAUGUGCUCGCCCCCUCAUGUGCUCGCCCCCUCAUGUGCUCGCCCCCUCAUGUGCUCGCCCCCUCAUGUGCUCGCCCCCUCAUGUGCUCGCCCCCUCAUGUGCUCGCCCCCUCAUGUGCUCGCCCCCUCAUGUGCUCGCCCCCUCAUGUGCUCGCCCCCUCAUGUGCUCGCCCCCUCAUGUGCUCGCCCCCUCAUGUGCUCGCCCCCUCAUGUGCUCGCCCCCUCAUGUGCUCGCCCCCUCAUGUGCUCGCCCCCUCAUGUGCUCGCCCCCUCAUGUGCUCGCCCCCUCAUGUGCUCGCCCCCUCAUGUGCUCGCCCCCUCAUGUGCUCGCCCCCUCAUGUGCUCGCCCCCUCAUGUGCUCGCCCCCUCAUGUGCUCGCCCCCUCAUGUGCUCGCCCCCUCAUGUGCUCGCCCCCUCAUGUGCUCGCCCCCUCAUGUGCUCGCCCCCUCAUGUGCUCGCCCCCUCAUGUGCUCGCCCCCUCAUGUGCUCGCCCCCUCAUGUGCUCGCCCCCUCAUGUGCUCGCCCCCUCAUGUGCUCGCCCCCUCAUGUGCUCGCCCCCUCAUGUGCUCGCCCCCUCAUGUGCUCGCCCCCUCAUGUGCUCGCCCCCUCAUGUGCUCGCCCCGCUCAUGUGCUCGCCCCCUCAUGUGCUCGCCCCCUCAUGUGCUCGCCCGCUCAUGUGCUCGCCCCCUCAUGUGCUCGCCCCCUCAUGUGCUCGCCCCCUCAUGUGCUCGCCCCCUCAUGUGCUCGCCCCCUCAUGUGCUCGCCCGCUCAUGUGCUCGCCCCCUCAUGUGCUCGCCCCCUCAUGUGCUCGCCCCCUCAUGUGCUCGCCCCCUCAUGUGCUCGCCCCCUCAUGUGCUCGCCCCCUCAUGUGCUCGCCCCCUCAUGUGCUCGCCCCCUCAUGUGCUCGCCCCCUCAUGUGCUCGCCCCCCUCAUGUGCUCGCCCCCUCAUGUGCUCGCCCCGGCUCAUGUGCUCGCCCCCUCAUGUGCUCGCCCCCUCAUGUGCUCGCCCGCCUCAUGUGCUCGCCCCCUCAUGUGCUCGCCCCCUCAUGUGCUCGCCCCCUCAUGUGCUCGCCCCCUCAUGUGCUCGCCCCUCAUGUGCUCGCCCCCUCAUGUGCUCGCCCCCUCAUGUGCUCGCCCCCUCAUGUGCUCGCCCCCUCAUGUGCUCGCCCCCUCAUGUGCUCGCCCCCUCAUGUGCUCGCCCCUCAUGUGCUCGCCCCCUCAUGUGCUCGCCCCCUCAUGUGCUCGCCCCCUCAUGUGCUCGCCCCCUCAUGUGCUCGCCCCCUCAUGUGCUCGCCCCCUCAUGUGCUCGCCCCCUCAUGUGCUCGCCCCCUCAUGUGCUCGCCCCCUCAUGUGCUCGCCCCCUCAUGUGCUCGCCCCCUCAUGUGCUCGCCCCCUCAUGUGCUCGCCCCCUCAUGUGCUCGCCCCCUCAUGUGCUCGCCCCCUCAUGUGCUCGCCCCUCAUGUGCUCGCCCCCUCAUGUGCUCGCCCCCUCAUGUGCUCGCCCCCUCAUGUGCUCGCCCCCUCAUGUGCUCGCCCCCUCAUGUGCUCGCCCCUCAUGUGCUCGCCCCCUCAUGUGCUCGCCCCCUCAUGUGCUCGCCCCCUCAUGUGCUCGCCCCCUCAUGUGCUCGCCCCCUCAUGUGCUCGCCCCCUCAUGUGCUCGCCCCCUCAUGUGCUCGCCCCCUCAUGUGCUCGCCCCCUCAUGUGCUCGCCCCCUCAUGUGCUCGCCCCCUCAUGUGCUCGCCCCCUCAUGUGCUCGCCCCCUCAUGUGCUCGCCCCCUCAUGUGCUCGCCCCCUCAUGUGCUCGCCCCCUCAUGUGCUCGCCCCGCUCAUGUGCUCGCCCCCUCAUGUGCUCGCCCCCUCAUGUGCUCGCCCCGCUCAUGUGCUCGCCCCCUCAUGUGCUCGCCCCCUCAUGUGCUCGCCCCCUCAUGUGCUCGCCCCCUCAUGUGCUCGCCCCCUCAUGUGCUCGCCCCCUCAUGUGCUCGCCCCCUCAUGUGCUCGCCCCCUCAUGUGCUCGCCCCCUCAUGUGCUCGCCCCCCUCAUGUGCUCGCCCCCUCAUGUGCUCGCCCCCUCAUGUGCUCGCCCCCUCAUGUGCUCGCCCCCUCAUGUGCUCGCCCCCUCAUGUGCUCGCCCCCUCAUGUGCUCGCCCCCCUCAUGUGCUCGCCCCCUCAUGUGCUCGCCCCCUCAUGUGCUCGCCCCCUCAUGUGCUCGCCCCUCAUGUGCUCGCCCCCUCAUGUGCUCGCCCCCUCAUGUGCUCGCCCCCUCAUGUGCUCGCCCCCUCAUGUGCUCGCCCCCUCAUGUGCGCCCCCUCAUGUGCUCGCCCCCUCAUGUGCUCGCCCCCUCAUGUGCUCGCCCCCUCAUGUGCUCGCCCCCUCAUGUGCUCGCCCCCUCAUGUGCUCGCCCCCUCAUGUGCUCGCCCCCUCAUGUGCUCGCCCCCUCAUGUGCUCGCCCCCUCAUGUGCUCGCCCCCUCAUGUGCUCGCCCCCUCAUGUGCUCGCCCCCUCAUGUGCUCGCCCGCUCAUGUGCUCGCCCCCUCAUGUGCUCGCCCCCUCAUGUGCUCGCCCGCUCAUGUGCUCGCCCCCUCAUGUGCUCGCCCCCUCAUGUGCUCGCCCCCUCAUGUGCUCGCCCCCUCAUGUGCUCGCCCCCUCAUGUGCUCGCCCCCUCAUGUGCUCGCCCCCUCAUGUGCUCGCCCCCUCAUGUGCUCGCCCCCUCAUGUGCUCGCCCCCUCAUGUGCUCGCCCCCUCAUGUGCUCGCCCCCUCAUGUGCUCGCCCCCUCAUGUGCUCGCCCCCUCAUGUGCUCGCCCCCUCAUGUGCUCGCCCCCUCAUGUGCUCGCCCCCUCAUGUGCUCGCCCCCUCAUGUGCUCGCCCCCUCAUGUGCUCGCCCCCUCAUGUGCUCGCCCCCUCAUGUGCUCGCCCCCUCAUGUGCUCGCCCCCUCAUGUGCUCGCCCCCUCAUGUGCUCGCCCCCUCAUGUGCUCGCCCCCUCAUGUGCUCGCCCGCCUCAUGUGCUCGCCCCCUCAUGUGCUCGCCCCCUCAUGUGCUCGCCCCCUCAUGUGCUCGCCCCCUCAUGUGCUCGCCCCCUCAUGUGCUCGCCCCCUCAUGUGCUCGCCCCCUCAUGUGCUCGCCCCCUCAUGUGCUCGCCCCCUCAUGUGCUCGCCCCCUCAUGUGCUCGCCCCCUCAUGUGCUCGCCCCCUCAUGUGCUCGCCCCCCUCAUGUGCUCGCCCGCUCAUGUGCUCGCCCCCUCAUGUGCUCGCCCCCUCAUGUGCUCGCCCCCUCAUGUGCUCGCCCCUCAUGCUCGCCCCUCAUGUGCUCGCCCCCUCAUGUGCUCGCCCCUCAUGUGCUCGCCCCCUCAUGUGCUCGCCCCUCAUGUGCUCGCCCCUCAUGUGCUCGCCCCCUCAUGUGCUCGCCCCCUCAUGUGCUCGCCCCCUCAUGUGCUCGCCCCCCUCAUGUGCUCGCCCCCUCAUGUGCUCGCCCCCUCAUGUGCUCGCCCCCUCAUGUGCUCGCCCCCUCAUGUGCUCGCCCCCUCAUGUGCUCGCCCCCCUCAUGUGCUCGCCCCGCUCAUGUGCUCGCCCCCUCAUGCUGCUCGCCCGCUCAUGUGCUCGCCCCCUCAUGUGCUCGCAUCCUCCUGUGCUCACCCGCUCAUGUGCUCGCCCCCUCAUGUGCUCGCCCCCUCAUGUGCUCGCCCCCUCAUGUGCUCGCCCCCUCAUGUGCUCGCCCCCUCAUGUGCUCGCCCCCUCAUGUGCUCGCCCCCUCAUGUGCUCGCCCCCUCAUGUGCUCGCCCCCUCAUGUGCUCGCCCCCUCAUGUGCUCGCCCCCUCAUGUGCUCGCCCCCUCAUGUGCUCGCCCCCCUCAUGUGCUCGCCCCCUCAUGUGCUCGCCCCCUCAUGUGCUCGCCCCCUCAUGUGCUCGCCCCCUCAUGUGCUCGCCCCCUCAUGUGCUCGCCCCCUCAUGUGCUCGCCCCCUCAUGUGCUCGCCCCCUCAUGUGCUCGCCCCCUCAUGUGCUCGCCCGCUCAUGUGCUCGCCCCCUCAUGUGCUCGCCCCCUCAUGUGCUCGCCCCCUCAUGUGCUCGCCCCCUCAUGUGCUCGCCCCCUCAUGUGCUCGCCCCCUCAUGUGCUCGCCCCCUCAUGUGCUCGCCCCCUCAUGUGCUCGCCCCUCAUGUGCUCGCCCCCUCAUGUGCUCGCCCCCUCAUGUGCUCGCCCCCUCAUGUGCUCGCCCCCUCAUGUGCUCGCCCCCUCAUGUGCUCGCCCCCUCAUGUGCUCGCCCCCUCAUGUGCUCGCCCCCUCAUGUGCUCGCCCCCUCAUGUGCUCGCCCCCUCAUGUGCUCGCCCCCUCAUGUGCUCGCCCCCUCAUGUGCUCGCCCCCUCAUGUGCUCGCCCCCUCAUGUGCUCAUGUGCUCGCCCCCUCAUGUGCUCGCCCCCUCAUGUGCUCGCCCCCUCAUGUGCUCGCCCGCCUCAUGUGCUCGCCCCCUCAUGUGCUCGCCCCCUCAUGUGCUCGCCCCCUCAUGUGCUCGCCCCCUCAUGUGCUCGCCCCCUCAUGUGCUCGCCCCCUCAUGUGCUCGCCCCCUCAUGUGCUCGCCCCCUCAUGUGCUCGCCCCUCAUGUGCUCGCCCCCUCAUGUGCUCGCCCCCUCAUGUGCUCGCCCGCUCAUGUGCUCGCCCCCUCAUGUGCUCGCCCCCUCAUGUGCUCGCCCCCUCAUGUGCUCGCCCCCUCAUGUGCUCGCCCCCUCAUGUGCUCGCCCCCUCAUGUGCUCGCCCCCUCAUGUGCUCGCCCCCUCAUGUGCUCGCCCCCUCAUGUGCUCGCCCCCUCAUGUGCUCGCCCCCUCAUGUGCUCGCCCCCUCAUGUGCUCGCCCCCUCAUGUGCUCGCCCCCUCAUGUGCUCGCCCCCUCAUGUGCUCGCCCCCUCAUGUGCUCGCCCCCUCAUGUGCUCGCCCCCUCAUGUGCUCGCCCCCUCAUCUUCACUGCCCGCACGCACCUUCCGCACGCACCUUGUUGGCCCACAUGAGCCCGCAUGCGUUGCAGAGGGUGCGCGGCCCCUGCGGCCCGCGGCGCAUCAUGGGGGUGGCCUUCUCCCCCGUGCCGCAGUGCUGGCAGCUGCACGGUAGGGGGGGGAAGAGGGGGGCACGCAUGGUGGUGGGCGCAUCAUGGGGGUGGCCUUCUCCCCUGUGCCGCAGUGCUGGCAGCUGCAGCGUGGUGGUGGGGGGGGGGGGCAUGCAUGGUGGUGUGAGGGAAGGACAUGCAUGGUGGGAGGGAGGGGCAUGCAUGGUGGGAGUGGCAUGCAUGGUGGGAGUGGCAUGCAUGAUGGGAGAGGCAUGCAUGGUGGGAGUGGCAUGCAUGGUGGGAGGGAGGGGCAUGCAUGGUGGGAGUGGCAUGCAUGGUGGGAGUGGCAUGCAUGGUGGGAGCGGCAUGCAUGGUGGGAGCGGCAUGCAUGGUGGGAGCGGCAUGCAUGGUGGGAGCGGCAUGCAUGGUGGGAGCGGCAUGCAUGGUGGCGGGGGGAAGGGUCGUGCAUGGUGGGAGGGGCAUGCAUUGUGGGGGGGGCAUGCAUGGUGGGAGGGGCAUGCAUUGUGGGGGGGGCAUGCAUUGUGGGGGGGGCAUGCAUUGUGGGGCGGCAUGCAUUGCUCUUUACACAGCCACCAACUGGUCGGAACGAUGAGCACCACGUGCGGAUGGACGGAUGGGAGCGAUGCUAGAGGUGGGAGCGAUGCUAGAGGUGGGAGCGAUGCUAGAGGUGGGAGCGAUGCUCGAGGUGGGAGCGAUGCUAGAGGUGGGAGCGAUGCUAGAGGUGGGAGCGAUGCUCGAGGUGGGAGCGAUGCUAGAGGUGGGAGCGAUGCUAGAGGUGGGAGCGAUGCUAGAGGUGGGAGUGAUGCUAGAGGUGGGAGCGAUGCUAGAGGUGGGAGCGAUGCUAGAGGUGGGAGCGAUGCUAGAGGUGGGAGCGAUGCUAGAGGUGGGAGCGAUGCUAGAGGUGGGAGCGAUGCUAGAGGUGGGAGCGAUGCUAGAGGUGGGAGCGAUGCUAGAGGUGGGAGCGAUGCUAGAGGUGGGAGCGAUGCUCGAGGUGGGAGCGAUGCUAGAGGUGGGAGCGACGUGCGGGAUGGGACUGAUGGGAGCGAUGGGAGCGAUGGGAGCGAUGGGAGCGAUGGGAGCGAUGGGAGCGAUGGGAGCUGUGGGAGCUAUGGGAGCUAUGGGAGGGGUGGGAGGGGUGGGAGGGAGAGAGUGGCUCACAUGGCUUCAGGGGCGGCAUCGGGGCGGUCGUGGGCGGCGCUCUCCCCCAUGUCGGGCGGCGCAUCCUCAAAGAAGGCACCGCCCCCACGGUUGGACGCGAACUGCCCCUUCUUGCGACACAUCCUGCUCCCCUCCGUGCAUGGCGGGCCAUGGGGAAUGCGGAGAGGCCGCAGGCAAGGAGAGGGGGGGGGGGGGGGUGUGGGGUGGGGGGGAACGGAAAGGAAAUGGAAGUGA